AUGAGGGAUUUGGAGGAGAUGCUCUCGAAACUAAACCCCAUGGCCGAGGAGUUUGUGCCGCCGUCCCUUUACUCAUUCGCCGGCGGACAGCAGAGGUAUCUGGUGGCGCCGCCGCAUGUUGUGGCGGCAGCUGCGGCUGGGCAUUUUGGUUUUGCCACGAACGGUUUUCUGGUGCAGCAGCCUGUGAGCCCUGGAGCUCAAAACGGCAAUUCCUUUAGAAAGAAGAAAAAUGGUUAUGCUCAUGGAAAGCGGAGGACUAAUUCUCGAACGAGCCUUGCUCAGAGGGAAGACGUGAUCAGGAGGACUGUCUACGUUUCUGACAUUGAUCAUCAGGUUACUGAGGAGCAGCUUGCAGCACUUUUCAUCAACUGUGGACAGGUCGUGGACUGCCGUGUUUGUGGUGAUCCCAAUUCCGUGCUUCGUUUUGCCUUCGUUGAAUUCACUGAUGAGGAAGGGGCAAGAAAUGCUUUGAGCUUGAGUGGGACCAUGCUCGGAUACUACCCAGUGAAAGUGCUUCCUUCCAAAACUGCAAUUGCGCCUGUUAACCCGACUUUCUUGCCAAGAUCUGAGGGUGAAAGGGAGAUGUGUGCAAGGACUAUUUAUUGCACAAACAUUGACAAACAGGUUACUCAAGCAGAUGUUAAGCUCUUCUUCGAGUCUCUUUGUGGAGAGGUUCAUCGUUUGAGGUUGCUUGGCGAUUAUCAUCACGCCACUCGUAUAGCUUUUGUGGAGUUUGUGAUGGCUGAUAGUGCAAUAGCUGCUCUGAACUGCAGUGGUGCUGUCUUAGGAUCACUGCCUAUAAGGGUAAGCCCGUCAAAGACUCCUGUAAGACCCCGUGCAGCCCGUCAAUUCAUGCGCUAA